AGUGAGAACAUGAUACACACCACAAAUAAGCUAUUUGGUUUGAACUGCGAAGCAUACUGCGACGUAGACGUCCAUUUUUGCGAUUUUAAUGGAUAGAAAUGAGUGAAGUAAUGAGUCAAUGGCGCUUGCUUGUUCCUGGGGCUUGUUGUUUGCUGUAUUGAGCGUUCAAUUGGGUCUGGCCGUUUCUAGAGGCUCAUUUUAUCAAGGCUGUUUUCCUAGAACUGCAACAAUAGACUGGGUAGAAACUGAUCCGGUUGGGUUUGAAAAACACUUUGGCUGUGUGAGCUCCUGUGCUAGACAGGGUUAUGACUAUGCUGCUUUUCAAUCACAUGACGAAGGCUGUUUGUGUGGCUCUGACCUCGUCCUGGGUAGCGGUAUCAGCCCAUCUGCUUGCGAGACAAGGUGUUUGUCAGGUAUAGAAUGCAGUACCCAGGAAAACAGCAGUGUGUACUCCACGGCUGUACCAAUCAUAGAAUCUUUGGUGCUGACACCACAUUUCGAAAGAAUUCCUGCAAAUACUUUUGCGGAAUUUGAAGCCUCUGUAACAGUCAACAGAUCUGGGAACUUCUUUGACUUGGACUCAGUAGUCCUGAGAAACCAGACAUUAGCAAAUGUUCAGUUCGAUUGGAAGAUCAACCAUCAGGUCAAAAAAACAAGCUUUGAGUUCCUGAAUGGAACUCACCUACAUGUGCUCUUCAACGUGACUGUAAAACCUGGAAACUUUUCCAUUUGCCUUGAAGUUUCCAACUUUGUGUCCAAGAGUGAGAGGUGUGCCAUUCUUGAAGCUUUGUCCUGCGUUGAAGAUCUUCAUUUGGUUGAUGUUUUGCCAGGAAAUAAAAAUCCUGCUCUUGACGAACAGGUCCAAGUAAAAGUUUCUGUUGAAAGCGGGUCUAAAGUGACAUUUUACUGGGACUUUGGAGAUGGGAAUGGUGAAAAAUCCAUUGGUGCCACAAGCCAGUUAUAUAUCUGUUCACCUAGUUGUCUAACUAUACAGCAUCGGUACAAAGAUUGUGGGAACUAUUCCUUGUCACUUACUGCCAAGAAUGACAUUAGCCUACAGAGACUGGCUCCUCUAGCAUUUAUAGUGGAUGAUGAAACCAUCACUCUCCCUAAAUAUUCAUUUCCCAAUCCAAAAUACAAAGUUUAUGGCUUACCAAACAAAGAUAUGGUACUAAGUGUCGACCCUGCUAUAGGAUGCAACCUGUAUUACAAUUGGAGUUUAGGGGAUGGAGGCCCUGAUAUCACAACUACAGGCCCAAAUAUUACUUAUCGUUAUCAGAACAUAAGUAAAUAUACCAUUACAGUUGUGGUGUACAAUCAGUUCUUCAAUAAGCCUUACCCUCGCAAUAUACUGGUGUACAUUGAACCGCUUCUAACAGGUGUUAACCUGACUAUCAGUGGGAAGCAUGAGCCUUAUGUGCUCAGCACAAUGACUACAUACACCUUCAAGGCCCAUGUGAGUCCUCAGCAUGGUAGCAAGGACGCCAAGAAUUAUAUUUGGCACUUAAAGAAGGGAGAUGAAGAGAAAAUUAUAUCUGGCUCAGAAAAUACAAAACACAUAUUGAUACACAACCCUGGGAGCUACCUUGUCUCAGUUGAGGUAGUCAAUGGGGUCAGCAAUGUGACGUCACCACCCUUCUUUGUUUGUGUGCAGCAUCCGGUCGGAAGGGUAAUCCUUGAGCAUGAUAGGCUUGUUCAGCUUGAUGAAGCAGUGCAGUAUAGUGCUGAUAUUGAAGAAGGUAGUGACUUUCUGUUGAACUGGGACUUUGGUGACCAACAAAGGAUAACAACAACAAACACAACGAAGAUCAGCCACACUUAUAGAAGAACCGGAAAGUAUUUGGUGAGACUGAUGGUAUACAACAAAAUCAACCAUGUGAAUGCCAGUAUGACAGUGUUUGUAAGCAGACUUUCUUCUUGUAACCUACAAGUCCAGAUAUCUGGGGAGAGAGAAUUACAGGUUUUUCGCUCAAGCAAACUAUAUCUUGAGGCUUUGGUACAACUAGAAUGCAUUGAACACCAUAAGCUACUUUAUAAUUGGACGGUGACCUCUGGUAAUGGUAAUCAAAUAAACACCAGGGGCCUCAACACUACGGAACCAACACUAAUCAUACCACCAUCGUUUUUGCCCUAUGGUGAAAAUCAGUUCCUGGUAAAGGUUACACUUUUGGGAGAGGUCCUUGAAGCCACUGACAUUAAGAAAGUGCGUGUCGAACCACAUGGGAUUGUAGCUGUCAUCAAGGGAGGUACAAUGCGUGUAAUUGGAUACAGGUCAAGGGGAAACAUAACAUUGGACGGAAGUGAUUCAUAUGAUCCCGAUUACCCUGAUCAUUCACACCAAUUAAGUUAUGAGUGGCUUGUUCAACCAAUGAAUGGCAAUAACAACAACAAUCCACUAUAUAACAUUCCCCCUGAAGCCUUGAGGACCUCACAGCUAACAUUUCCAGCAAGUGAAGUCCUACCAAACCUUGAGGCUCUAAACAUCACCCUCACGGUCUCAAAACGAAUGCGACAACAGAAAAGCAAGCAUGCUGUUCAGAUGAUUCGUAUGGUAGAUUCUGAACCAUAUCUGCUGUCCAUAGAAUGCCCACAAUGUGUAAAUGGCCUGGUAAACCCAAAUGAUGUAUUGGUCCUUCGAGGCUCUUGUCUUACUUGCCCUAAAGACAUCAAAGAUGUGUUCUUUGAAUGGAGUCUCUACUUGGUGAAAGAGGAAGCGACACUUCCCCAAACUCCAGAAUGCUACUCUGAACUACCUACUAAGGCAACAAAUUCGCUUACACGGGGAACAGAAAGACCGAGGACUACUUUUCCAGAAACAGGAAUUACAAUGCGACCAACCCCAGGCCCAGUGUCUGGAUUUCCUGGCUCAUUACCAACCACUGGCCCAGGAAUAUCAGGGGCUACUGUGCAAAGAGGAGAUGUCUGCAACAGUAAAAUUGAUUCACCGACUGUUCCACCAACUAGAUGUGCAUUCAUGUCACGGUUCAACGACUUCCGAAGUUUAGAUUGUACUAAUGCUCCGGUUACUGGUGGUACAAACAACCCCGUUGUCACCCCUGGAAGUGGGUGGGGCUCUGCAAUGGGGCUAACAACUGGUCACAUCAGUUCAGGAUCUGGUGUUAAUUUCCCCACGCAACCUGUGAAUCCAGAUCCAUCAACAAGAGACCCUGACACUUCACCCAGCUCGUCAACACGUACGUCCAGCACACCUCAGCCUACCAGGGCUACUGGUACACCAACUAGGCCUACCAGCGACAGCCUCUUCGAUCCUAAUUACCAUGUCACCGUACCAUUAGCCACCAAAAGCAUUUUUCAAAUCAAGCGUUGGGCACUGACUUUCAAGGACUCUGAAACGACUACUGGUCGAAGAGCUAGGAACCUGGUUGUCAACGAGAACAAGCUACAACCUGGACAUAGCUACAUGUUGGCUUUGCGUGUAAGAGACAAGGAGGCCAAGAAAGGAAUGGCCAGCAUUAUCUUCAAGGUGAACGAGCUUCCAGUGAAUGGGAGGUGUUCGGUGUUUCCUCUGACAGGGGUGGAGCUUGAAACUGCUUUUAUAGUGCGAUGCUUGGGCUGGAAGGACAAGCUCCAACCGUUGGGCUAUGAGGUGUCAUACAGUCAAAGGCGGGCAUCUGGACCCUACAGGCUGCUCUAUACUGGCUCUAAUAAUCGCAUCUCUGUUAUUUUGCCGUCUGGUCCACCACAGCAGGACUAUAAGGUCUAUAUCAUGGUGUCUGUAUACAACAACAAAGGUGCUCGAGUUGCCGUUUGCCCCAUGACGCUCACAGUCAAACCUGCAGCGUUUAAUAAUUCUGCAACAAUCGAGGAGAUAUUAUAUAACAGAACUAGAAAUGGGAAUAAGUUAAGAGUGCUCCAGGAGACGGGGCAAGAUCACAGAGUGAAGCAAACGCUGGUCGUGUCGGCCAGGAUGCUAAACAGCCUGGAGACUGUGAAGAAUACCACUUCGCGCUUUUUCUUGCGAGUGAAGACACGAUUAUUUAUGCUAAGGGUUCUGCAAACACUCCAUAUUCGAGACACGGCCUCAGCAAUUCACAGUGCAGAAGUGCUUGAAGACGCUACAAGGGUGCCGUACGAACUAAAUUACGAAAGCUUGCAACUGGCCACUGGUAUCACAGAAAAGAUAAAUCAUCAAAUUCAGCGAUUUGCAAAAGAGAACCAACGUCUUAGUGACAGCGUGUUGGAGUUAAUGACCAGGCUUGCGGCGAACCUCAUCACAGGAGCUACACUUCUAUAUGACAGCUAUAACAAGUCUAGCACAGCGAAUGACACAUCGUCAUGGAAGAAGAUUGUCCUUGUGCCUCUAAAUGCUGUCAACGAUAUUGCAAAGCUAAAGAUCAGUCACACCGUCCUUGGUGAGAGUGCCACUGUAGUAAACCAGUCUAGUGUCAGCGUGAUGGCCCAUUUGUCCAGCGUCACAUCUAGCUCCUCUAUGACCUUACACCAUGCCACGUUUACCCUUCCACCGAACAUGGAUACGCACCUGAGGGCUGCUGGCGCCUUCCCAGAUGAUGGCUGUGUCAGCACCAUGGCAACAGUGUAUGGCAAGAACCCAUACAUCUGGGUUGACAGUCAACAGCAUCAUAGCACAGUUGCGAGUCUUGGCCUUAGUACAUGUCAAGGACAAGAAAUCCCUGUCAAAAACCUUAGCCAGGAUAUCAUGGUUACUUUACCUUGGAGGGAGCCUAAGAUGUUAGAGGACGGUCAGCGUGCGACAGUUGAAUGGCAACACUUGAACGUGCAUACAAUUGACAUCCGCGGCAAGCAAAACCAUUCACUUCAUCUUCAUAUCAAUGUCGAUUCUCACAUAACGGACGGUUUCGUGGUGCAGCUGAUGCUACGAACCAGUGGAAACAGUUCUUUUAGCAACUUUAGGCUAUUGAAAGCAACGUCCGGAGAAUCAAUGGAUUUGUUCUUAGCUGGAGAGCAUUUAAAGGAAGCUGACUCGGCUAUUGAUGUGGGUGUCAUGCUGAAGAAUGCAGAACAAAGCCGCAUUAAGAAGAUUCUCAGUGUCACCGAAGUGAAUUACUCAUUCAUCAGCCACUGGAUAGGGUGUUACUACUGGAACACUAGCCAAGAUAAGUGGCUCGGAGAUGGCUGUCGCACAACUAACCAGACAACCCACCACUCAGUUCACUGCAGAUGUAACCACUUGACUGCAUUUAGUGGCGCCAUACAGCUCGCACCAAACCCUCUACAUGUCAAAGAUUUACGUAAAAUCGAAAGCGUCAGUGAGAAUCCUGUAACUCUGGUUUUGGUGCUGUGUUUGAUCGUUUUGUACUUCAUUCUUCUCAUAUUCUGUGCACGUGCCGACAAAUACGAUAACCGAAAACAGAGGAUUGUGCAUAUUGCCGGCGUGCCAUCCAGAAUGCCGCAAAGGUACAAGAUCACUGUGGAGACUGGUCACUGGUUUGGCUCCGGUACUACUGCUAAUGUAGUGAUACUGUUGCACGGAGAGAACCACAGUUCCGACCCCAUAGAGCUGUCAGCGCACAACAAACCAGUAUUUGAGCGCGCCUCAAAGGAUGUCUUCAUCUUCAGCUCCCCAGAAAGCUUGAGCCCUGUUUGGAAAAUUCACAUAUGGCAUUACAACGAAGGCAAGAGCCCGAGCUGGUAUCUGAACAGAGUUAUCAUCAAGGAUCUCCAGACGCAGCAGAAAUGGUAUUUCAACUGUUACCGUUGGCUUGCUGUAGAUGAAGAAGACGGCCAGGUUGAUGUGGAACUUCUAGCGACUAGUGCAGACAAGUCGCAUUCUGCCGUGGGUUUCUAUUACACUUGUAUGCGAGGCCUCAUGGACUACCAUUUAUGGCUCUCUGUUCUUGGCAGACCUUCGUACAGCCGAUUCACUCGUGCACAGCGUCUUACCUGUUGCCUGUCCCUUUUACUGAGCUAUCUGGCAGCUAACGCCGCUUGGUAUAAAGUAAAUGACAAGCAGCAACAUAUGGUACUUGGGUUUCUGGACCUAGACUGGCAAACUGUAGUAACAGGGCUUAUAAGUGGGAUGGUUGCUCUGCUCCCUAACUUGAUCUGGAUGUGGCUCUUCCGUUUUGCCAUGCCACCGAGGUUCACUAGAACGGAGCCCACUGUUAAGAGCCUGACGAACGAAGCCGUCACCGAGAGCACCAUGUUACCGAAUCAAUUAAACGGACCAACAUUUCUUGGUGACGAGGACACGCUGUCCAUUCUAGACCAGUCAAUCGAGACUUUACUUCAACUCAGGAAAAUCAGCACGAAACCAAACUGGCGCCCAUCUAUGUUGAUGCCCACAUCGAUGGAUUCAAUAUAUGAGGGAUUCUCCGGCUCUGAAAGCUUGCUGGAUUCAACAGAGAUGAAGACAUCACCUGAUAUCUACCCGGAUAAGCCGACAGAUCAAUAUCAGCUCUCCUACCAAACUAUGUCGGGUUGUGAUGGCAGCAGUGAGCACGCCGAUUCCCACGUGACUCAGUCAGUGUCCCGCUGUUGCUCGGUGCCUCACUGGUGCACUUCAAUAGCUUGGAUAGGCUGUUUCGCUACUGUUCUUUUGGCUGUGUCUAUUACCGUAUGGUAUGGUCUGAGCUUUGGGUACGAAAAGUCCAUUCGCUGGUUGCAGUCUCUCAUCUUCUCUAUAGUGGAGUCUCUGCUCCUUUCACAGCCUCUCGCCGUCCUCGCCGUCCCUUUGUACAUCGCUUGCAGCUCUCGACCCGCCAGCCCCUCUGCCCCUCUUGGUGAGCCUAGUGAUGAUGCCGAGGUGGACGAGGGCUUUGAGGAUAUGCAGGCACCACCCUUCAAUUGCAUUGUAAGCAGCUUGGAGGAAACCUCAGAUAGGAUUCGCAUGUCCUUAGCCGUUCGCCAGCACCAGCGGUACUUGAAGUUUCUCCGCCCCCCUAAGAAAGCGAUGCUGUACGACUCGUAUGUCAAACGCGUACAGGACAGAACAGUUGUGGAAUACAUAUGCGAAAUGGUGUCCACUUUGAUAUUCCUUGUGAUCGUCGGUAGCCUCGUCAGCGGUCUGUGGUACCCAGGUACUUACUCCAUGAACGAGACAAUCAAGCAGACUAUCACCAGCAAUAUGCUACCGUCUUCCAACAUGCGCAUGGACUACUGGUGGUCAAGGAAACAUGCCCACGUGAUUGACCUUCUUUAUUGGCGCCCCCCUGGUGCUGCCAGGGAGUCACCACAGAUAUUCCUUCGCGGAACACAGAGUUUUCUCGUCGGAAAGCCACGCAUUUUAUACCAACACUCAUUCAACAAACAGAUUUGCGAUCAUGGGAGAAACAUCUCACUGCAUGGUGUCAACAGUAGCCGCGAGUGCUGGACCACGUGUGAUUUACAAAAACACUCUUGGCACAGUCUUGAGCUGAGUAGAGAUAGGUCUCACGCACAUAUGGACAUGAAGAAAAUGCUGAGAUCCCUCACGCCCUGCAUCCAACAGAUCAUUGUUCAGUUCAGCCUGUUCACACCUACCAAUAAUAUGUCUAGCACUGUAUCAUGGGAGUUAACGACAUCAUUAGUAGGGGAGCUUGAAAGUCGUGUGACCGUGCAUUCCUUCCAAAGCAGCUAUGUUAAGACAGCCCUUGGCGUUCUCUGCAAGAUAUGCAAGGUGCUUUUUGUAGUAUGUUACGUGUACCUAGUACACCACGUUCUGAAAGCCGUGCGCAAGUCAAAAGUCAAGUUGUUCUUUUGUUUUUGGAGCUGCCUUGAGGUCUGCCUAGUGGUGAUAUCCACCCUAAGCUUGGCGGUGUACGUCCGCUGGUCCAUGGCACAUUAUGCACUCUACAGAGAAGUCCUCACCAAUCUCAAUGAUAAUGCUUUCGAAGCUGGCGAAGUCGUCCACUCUAGCGAGGGGCUGCUGCUGUACCUGUAUUCGCUGAUGGUCUUCCUGUUGAUGGUCAGGACGCUCCACGCCUUCAGGAUAUUCCCCUUCAUGAAGAGACUUGGCUAUGUCCUCACGCUCGCUUCGCGCCAUCUGGCUGGUGUGGCGGUGAUGACAGUGGUUUACCUUCUUACAUUCACUCAUCCGGGAUACCUCCUAUUUGGCCGUCUCCAUGGCGCCUUUAGGAGCUUCUCGUCCGCGUUCCUGACGGUCAGUGGAAUGUUGAGGAUGCGCGGUACGGCUGUGCUAGAGAAUGGUUUCCACCGCGAGCUGCCUGUGGCCAGCACAGUGUUUGUGGCGUUGUACUUGCUUGGGGUACUAGUGAUCACUCGCUCACUGAGUGCGUCUGUGGUAAGAUGGAUGUACCAUUACUCCAAAAAGCUCCUAGAUUACGACGCUGCCAACUUUCUACUGGACUAUGGGAUGAGCAAGCUGUAUUCGUUGAAGAGGCCCAAGACGAGAGAAGAGACGGUUUUUAACGAGGAUAGUGAUGAGGAAGAAGAAGACCAAAAGAUCGUACCAGUUGAAUACGCGGUGGACGAAGUGGAGACCCAGAUGGAAGAGUUGCUUUUCAGGAUGGACAACCUCGUGGGAGCAGGAAACUUAGAAGCCAGGCUCUUCGAAUACUCCACUGAUUUCCUGUCCAGCGACGAGGGCGAGGUUGAGUACCUGUUUCGCCGCGACACCAGCGAUGCCCUUUACUGCUACAACGACGACAUUUACUAUCACCGCGACGGUGUUGGAGACUUCUACUACCACCGCGACACCAACGACGACUUGUACGCUGCAAGUGGCUACGAGACGGACCAGAGCAUACAAACAUACGGCUCCAUGCCACGCUUCAGGGACACACAAGACGACGUCCCAGGCUUUGAUUCUGGGGCUUUGUCCAAUGAUGUGUUCUUUGAUGAAAGUUAUUCAAGUUUGCCAACCGCCCCCAAGACUGCAGCCACUUCUUUAUCUAAUGCCAGACACUUACGCGAGGAAGGGCUUUGGAUGCAUCCUCUAAGAAGCACUCAUGAACCUGCAGCUGGUUUGAAUAAAAUACCUCACACCCGCCGUAAUUCUCAGGGGCUUGCAUCGCAAUCUGAAAGGUCUCUGAGCCGUCGCCAAUCCGAUCCCACAAAGGAGCGUGCUAAAGGGAAACGUCCCGCUCUUACAAGGAAGCCAAAGAUACGUCCAGGUGAGUCGUUCUUGGACGACUUAGCGAGGGACGAGUGUUUAUCCGAGGAGACCAUCAGUAUUCCGGACGAGACACGGCCAGAUCUCAGUACUUACCGAACGAGGAAUGUCGAAGAGAGAAAAGCCAUAAAGAAGACAAAGAAGCGACGAGGCCGUGGAUUGGGUCUUUUCCCAGUCACAGCUGUGUCCCCGGGUGAUGAAGGGGAGGCUAUCGACAGACCACCUAUCCAGCUCCAGGGUUUUAUCAACCAUGUAGCCCUGGGGGAGAUCAGCAGUGAAGACCUGGAGAGGUCAGCCAGAUCACAGGAGAGACUAACAGGAUCAGAGGAGAGAUGGGCCGAAACACAGGAGACACCGGUCGGAUCACAGGAGAGGCCAUCCGAUCAGCCAAGGGAGCAGAGUCACGCAAAAGUCCAUGAUUCUCGCUGGGCUGGACAUGCUCCUCGUGGUCUCAUCGCCGAUAUAAGCAUGAACUCACUUCCUCAGUCGCGUGUUCCAACGGACCACGACAAACCGAAAGGCGUCAACGCUUGGGUGCCAUAGAUUUCUGUACUUCUCUAGUAUUUAAGGUGUUAUCUUGCAGAAAAUAUAGUUGGUGCAUUAAGCUCGUGCUGUAAUGACGCCACUAAUCGGCAUAACAGGACAUCAACUUGCCCCCUUCCGAGAGGAAUUCAAUUACGUUGGUGGCUGCCAAUUUUUUUUUCUUGAUUUAAGGUCUUGGUUAAAGUUGCCCUCGGGGGAGGCCAUUUCUAAUAGUAUUUAUCAAAUUGACUGAAAUGUCUAUAUCAUUUAUAAUAUAUAAUUGUUUAUUCGUUGUUUAUAAAAUGUGGUUUAUGGAUAUGAUUGUUGAGCGCUUCCUGGCAUCAGAAUGUUUUGUCAACGUAGUGCAGGGCAACAAAAGCCGAAACAUGUUAUUGCGUAUGUUUGCUCUACAUUUCAAUGACCUAGGUCAAGUUAGAUGUAUUGAAUAAGGAAAAAAUAAUUAUGUAGUCAAAAGUUUUGAAAUAAAGUAAAAACCUGCGCGUAAGAACCUAGAAUUUUUAAGAACCCGUGACACCAUUUGCAUAAGAAUCUGUUAAGCCUAAAAUAUGUAUCUGGAAUAGGUUCUAUAUUUCAAUAAUUUAAAAAUAAUUUGAAACAAAAAUCACAAAAUAACAGUACUAUGAAAUGUAUAUACAAUUGACAAUAUUACUUUAUUCUAAAGAUUUCCAGAACUGUGCUUUUUCUUUACUAAAAAGAAACGCAUAGUUACAUAUUUGCCGAGACCACGAAAUUAUCCAUGUCAGGUAUGGAAGCAGAGGUCCCCUAGACGCGCAAACGUCCAUGGUUUUCGCUGGGCCAUUAAAUUAAGAAUACGUUAGGAAAGCUUGGGAAAUAGUAGGUCCUUACUCGCGGGUGUUUACGCGUAGUUAAAUUGGCUCUACACAAAUCUAAAAUGAUAAUUAUUUUUUUAAUCUCGCAAUGUUUUAUCCGAUUCACUAGGAAAAGUGACUGCGAAAGUUCUUUGAUUUAACGGUUAUAGGAGUUUUAAUGAUAGUUACAAGGAAAUUCAUAUAUAUUGUUGAUCGGACAAAUUUAAUAUAUUUUUCUCUAUCCCUUCCAGUCAAUGCAUUCGCUAAAAACAGUUCGUUUGUAUAAUAAAAAUGUAUUUAUGUAUAAUAAUGAAGGUGCUUAGCAAUACUACUGCACAGGACAUUUUACAAUCAGAAAGAUUUAUAUAAAAGUUUUAUAUUGAAAUAAAAUAUGAGUAUAUCUUGA